AUGAUACCUCCGACCCAGAGCCCCGCCAUGAUAUCCCAAGUGAGCGCAAACCUUCUGGUGCGCUUGAAUGGCUCGAAGCACAUACGUGCACCUUCUCGUGCACUUGAAUGGCUCGAGUCCCCAGUAAGGGACAGGGAGCAGCUGAUCUCCGACGACAAGUCUGAGCCCAGAGGUUCUUCUCAGGCACGCAGGUCCCGGGAUGACGAGGCUGAUGUAGCUCGCCAGACAGACUUCGGGGACUUUGGGGUCUGCACUGGUGUCCAUUCGUCGUUGCCAAAGUCAGCGCCGACGUUUUCCUCCACGUUUUCCGAUCUCCCGACGGCCAGCAGUUCAGAGUUUGCUCCUUGCGACUUGCUCCUACCGGAUAUGCUGCCGUACCUCACAGUGCAGGAUCUGCUGAACUGGCGCCUGCUAUCGCAUGAAACCAGAAGUCCAUCAGCCUUGAUCCAUCAUGUGGCCGAUAUGGGGAGCAUGGAAAGGGCCGAGUCAGUCUUCGAAUUCGCAGAUAAGAUGACGGUGUUCCGACACCCAACCAUCCCAAACACAGCAGCCUUUGAAGGUGAUGAUGCCGAGAAGCAGAAGAUCUUCGAGUGUCAGUUGUGGUGUAUGGCCCUCGCUUCCAAGAGCAGGACGCAUUUCGCCGGAAGCGAUGUGCACCGCAUUGUUGGCAAGAACGUCCACAGUUUGCUUCGGUACAGCCUGAGUCCAACUGGGUCCUGCACUGAUUGGGCCGCCCACUACGUUGUUGGGCAAUAUGCGGCUAUUGGGCUCCCUUUCGUACAGCAGCGUAUCGGAGGAGCCAUGUUGGACUUGAUCUACUUUCAAGUGCAAUCCGGCAGACCCAACUUACCGCUGAUAUGGAUUAUCCACAAGACUCUUGGGACCGUUGUCCGCGAGCUCAGCGUGCAUCAGCGCCAGGCAUGGGCGUCUCUGUUGGUCAGACUGCUCGACCCUCGGGUGUGCACAGAGGUCUGGAUGCAAAAAAAGGUGAUCAGAAGGUUGGAGUUGCUGUGGGCCGUCGAAGACGAUCCCAUGCAAGCAUAUGCGCAUGCAAUACAGCAGCUGCCAAUUCUCCUGCCGUCUACCACAUCCGCAGAUGAGCAGAGCACACUGAGCAACCUUAUGCUCGGUGCUCGCGGAUGGUGA